GAACAUUUCAUUCCCUAGUUAUGUCACUGUUUUAUUUCGGAUAUUGAUCUGUUUAGAAAUGCAUCUUGCCACCUAAUAUUUAAUCGCACUAGAUCUACUCAAUUAUUCAAUUAAUAUUUUCGAAAUGUAAUUAUGAAUUAUCGUUGUUGUUUUUAUUUCAUUCAGGAUCAGUGCAGUAGGGCCGGGAAGGAGUAUUGAUCAGUUAAAAAAGAAGUGGACGGAUUUAAAGUCUGCAGCAAAGAAGAACGAGAUAAAGCGGAGGCAUUUUGCUGCCGGGACAGGUGGGGGUCCUGGGCCCCAAGAGCCAACUGAUGUAGAGAUGAAGAUCCUGAGUGUAAUCCCCGAGGAAAUGGUAACAGGGGUUGCUGGUGGAGUGGAUGUUUUCGAAGACUCAUGCAAGCCUCCUGCUGUCAAAAAGUAUAGGCCAUCUGAGCCUUCAGGGUCAACUUUCACCGCCAACUGUUCAACGCAUCAUGACAUAAGUAUCAGUGAGGCAGAGGCCAAUGGCAAAGAAGACAGUAACACAGAAUCAAGACCUACACCAUCAAAAAGAAAUGACAUUGCUCAUCAGAUGCUUGAAGAGCAAAAGAAACAAAACGAGUUCCUGGCAAUGAUUAAUUUCAACCUUGCAGAACUUGUGAGCUUGAAGAGGACAGAAGUCCAAAUUCUGUCAGAAAAACAUCUGAACAAGACAUUUUUUUAAAUUUAAAGACAGUGAAUACUUGAAUGAAAGGGAGUGAAAAUAGUUUAUUGGUUGUUAAUAUUUAUGAUAAACAUAAUAUAAAUGUGUACAUAUUAUUUAUAUAUCAUAAUGUACAUGGUUAACUUUACUUGCUAGAAUGUCAUUAUGGCAUACAUACUAAAAGUUUAACUAUAAUAUGUUCUUUUAAAUCAAUUUCAAUCAAAUUACUUUCACUCCCUUUCAUGUUACAUUACAGUUUAGUUCAUUUAAUACAAUCAUAAAAACUAAGGAAAAAUCCCAUUACAUUUCAUAAGUGCAUAUACAUGUAAAUUAUAACCUCUUCAAGCUUACAAGUUCUGCUGUAUGAUCUGUUUGAAAAUAUUUCUCCAUAAAAAGAGUGCAAUUAAGUUAUGUCUAACAUUGUCAUCAACGAAUGUGAUAACCUAAAGACAUUUUUUUCAUUUCCUUUAAUACAUGCUUUUGCUUAUUUUUCAAGUGCAAUACAACCAUCAUAAUUUUACUAGUUUUACACUAGUGUAAUUUAACUUGAUAUUAAAGUUGCACUCUAACAGAUUGAAAGUUUUGACUACUAUGACAUUUUUUGUCUUGGAACAAGCCAUUUUUGUGAACAUCCAAAGAAACCAUCUAUAUAAGAAAGCUGAUAAAAUCACAAUAUCUUAUAUUCAAAUAAAAAAAUCUGAUGUUUAUUCAUUUUUUUAAACAAUAAGUAACAGCCAUAAAACAUCAAUUGCCAACCGGAAAUAUGACAAUCUGCAUUCUGAUCUUUUGUUAGCAAUCUUUUAUCAUUGGCUUUCAGACAUUUAAACAAAGA